AUGGCGCGCCGUCAGCACCUCACGCUGUCCAUCCUGCUGGGCGUGUGCCUCUUCUUCAGCAUCACCUACUUCUUCUCGGGCUCGUCCAGCCACCAUGUGGAUCGAAUCCCGGCGCCGAUGGGCGAGUCGCCGGCAGAAUCCAGGUCGGAGUUCAAAGUGGACCUGCCUGAUAUGCCGGCUAGUCUGCUUGGAGGAGAGUCAAUAGCACCCAAGCUGGAGAAUGCAACGCUCAAAGCCGAACUAGGCCGCGCAACAUGGAAAUUCAUGCAUACAAUGGUCGCUCGAUUCCCCGAAGAGCCUACACCGGAAGAACGCAAGACUCUCGAGUCGUUUGUCUAUCUCUUCAGCCGGCUAUAUCCAUGCGGUGACUGCGCAAAGCACUUCCGGGGCAUUUUGGAGGAUUACCCUCCCCAGACGAGCAGUCGCAACGCGGCCGCUGGCUGGCUAUGCUUCGUACAUAACCUAGUCAAUGAGAGGCUGAAGAAACCCAUCUUUGACUGCAACAACAUUGGUGACUUUUAUGACUGUGGCUGUGGAGAUGAAGAUAAGAAG